UGGCAUUAAUUACAAACAUGGUAAUAUUAUUAAAUAAUAUGGACAGCGUAAUUAUAUUUAAAUAUCACGAGUCCAGUUGAUAAGCUUGCAUAAAUUUCAAUUUGCGGCAUACCGAGACAUGUUAGAGUAAAAAAAUAUUUAUUUAUUAAUUUACGAUAAAAUUAUUUUAAAAAAACGAAAACAAAAUCAGUUUAAAAUAAAAGUAGACAAAAAAAUUGUAAAUUAAAAAAAGAAAAUUCAAAAUUAAUAACCAACAAAAAUAAGAAAAGUUUGACAAUCGCCAGAAGAUAACGACAAAUAAAAAUGGGUAUACAAGAUUUUCAAACUUUCUUAGAUAGUAAUUGCGUACCAGGAGGUGCAGUUACCGUGGAUUUAUUAAAAAUUGCACGGCAAGUUAUUCAGAGACAGCGAAAUCGCCUUAAUAAAGCUCAAUCAUUGCAAUCACCAUUAUUGCGUCUUGUUUUGGAUGCCGAGUGUUGCCUAGAUCGUCUUUACGGUGGAUAUUUUUCAGACUGGGCGUGCGGUGGACAAUGGAAUCGUAUGCUCCAGUUUCUUGCUAUUUUAAUUCAAGCGACUGAGCUGUCAGGAGUUGACUUGGUGGUAUUUUUCAAUGGUUGUAAUGAAGCUCCACGUCGUUCCGAGUGGAUUCAGCAGCAGCUUCAGAUGCGUAAUAAUGUUAAUAAUGUUUUAAAACACAUUGCCACUAAAGGAACCCCACCACCUAAAAUUUGGUGGACACCUCCUGUUUGUUUACGCACUAGUUUACGUAUGGCAUUGCGUCAUUUGAAAGUAUCUGUGAUGUGUAGUAUGGAUGAUCAUCAUCAAGAAGUAAUUGCGUAUUGUCGUGAAAAUAGUUUUAAUGGGCUCGUUGCCGAUGACGGAGAGUAUGCAGCUUUUGAUCCGCCUCGUUAUUUUUCUUCUGAACAAUUAAAACUAACGUACAAAGGGUCUCUAGACACUAAAGAAUAUUUAAUGUCAGAAGUUAAUAAAUCACUUGGAGUAUCAGCAGAGAGAUCUUGUAUUCUAGCUGCAUUACUCGGAAAUUAUAUUUUGACAGAACAAGAACUAACAGAUUUUUAUAAAAAAUUGAAUAUAAAUAUAACUGGGCCAAAUAAGACAAAUAUUGAUCAAUCAAUUAAGAUAAUAGCGGGAUUUGUUAAAGAUCUUCCAUCAAUUUGCAAAGACGUUGUGGCCCAAAAAGUAUUUGGCUCACUGACUGAUCCUAGAUGUUCAAAACUUUAUCAGUCCGUCCAAUAUUAUAUUAACGGAACCAAGGAAGGUUUUUUGCAUUACAAAACAUCCAAGCCAACUAAAUCUUGCAAACCAGAAGCUAAAAAACCGGCUGUAAAUAAACAAAAUUCGGCAGAAACAGCGACGACAGAUGGAAAUUGUACCAUGGGAACAUCACGAUUUGCUUCAGAAACUGCUGAAAGUGAGCGCGAAAGUUUGGACGCAUACAAUCAAGCAACGGCAAAUGCUAAAGCAGCGCCGCAAAUUGUUAUCGAACCACCAGGGGUACAGUCUCAGAUAGACGGUGAUAACGUGAAAACUGAAGAUGACCAGCAUCCUGCGGAACCAACUGUAAAUGGUACACACAAUAAUUUGAUGAGUUCAUCAAGCUCGGGCAGCAGUUCAUCAGCCACCUCACCAUCCCACGUCACUACUGAGCAACCCAAGACAUCUGAGAAACCCAUCAGUAUUCCAACUACUGUUCCCGAAGUUAUGAGAACUGCAUCUGAACGUCAUCAGAAAGGCUUAAUGUCACCUCAUAUAUAUCAAAUACUCGCUACUGGUGAAAUUAAACUGCCCGUAUUACUGGAAGAUGAAAAUAAUUGUGAGUUCCCAUCUAUUCACGUUAUUUAUCGACCGGUAAGACAAAUGGUCUAUGCUAUUUUAUUUAAUCUUCAUCAUCAAAUAUUUAUGGCGACUAAAAAUAAAGAAAAAGGAGACAAUGAAAAAAUUGAAGUGCCUGAUAUUAUAAUUAAAGAAUGGAUAUGGUCAAAAACAAACCCAUAUCAAUCGCCAGAACUUAUUAAAGCUGAACAAAUAGGAUGGGGUGUACCAACAAUCCAGCGUCUGUGGUUCGGAACUGGCAUUGAAGACAAACGCCGCAGACUUCGCGGAUUCCUCACGUGUAUGAAAUCUGAUACAUCUCUCAUGUUGAAUAUUUCUUAUGUACCCCAACACUUGCUGGUCAUGGCUUGUGUACUAAGAUACAUCAUGAGUUUUUCGGACAAAAUAAAAAUAUUGCGGCGUCAAGAACUCGAUGCUUUUAUUGUUCAAGCAUUUUCUCCGGAUUUAAUGAAUCCUCAGUACCUCCAAGACCUUCAGCUUCCACUUGUAACAUUCCGUGGCGUUCAAUUGGCCACCUUGUUUAUGGCCGGUGUAGAGACAGCCCUCUUAGCUAAUGAUGCUUGUGGUGCUCCAAUUCCUUGGCUCAUGUGUUGUCCUUGGUUGUUCUUUGAUGGAAAGCUGUUCCAUCACACACUAGCACGUGCUGCGGUGGCUAAAAAUCUACUUGAACUCUGUGGGGGUCACAUUGAUCGCGUUGUAAAAGUUGAAAGAAUGCGUAAAGCUAUCACUGAAGGUUUUAAUCCUGUAUAUGCUCGACCACCACAGCCACCAAUAACACCAAAUAUAAUUCCUGGUUUCCGGCCACUGCCACUGACAUCAAAUGGUCUGCCAGUUAGUUGUGCAUUGAAUGACACUCAGAGUCGUGCUCGCAUCAAUCGUCCAGGAAAUAUUUUGCCACGUGAAUUAAUUCGCAGAUCUGUACCAUCACGCGGUGGACAGUUAGAAAUUGCUGGAGUUGUUGUUGGUCAAUGGGGUGCCAAUUACGGUCAGCCAGGAAGGAUCCAAGGUCAUCAGCCAUUACAAGGACAUCUUCGUGGAAGAUUUCCCUCACAGGUGCCAUUGCCGCGUUUAAAUGCUCGUAUGUUUCAAUCACGAGGAGGCAAUAAUUCAAUCGCAACUCGUGGAAAGAAAACUCAAAUGAAAGCAACGAGCAAGAAAAAGUCUGCGGUUAAGAAAAACCAAGAAAAUGAUGCGAAGAAAGAUUUGAAAAAUCGAGACAACAUAGAUGACGAAGUUAAUGCUGAUGCCUUCUCUAAAUUAUCGGUGAAAGAUGUAAAUGCCAAAGAAAAAACAGGAUCUAAUCAACAAACAGAGAGUGUUGUCAACGGUGGCAGCAAACCCCAGGAGAAGGGUCAGGGCGAUGCAUCUCUUAAUGCAUCGCAAACGGUAAAAGAAAAUUAAAUUCAUCCGAAAUAAAAAUUUUAUUUCGGGUUCUGGGACGGAGGAAGAAUAUUUUAUGCUCUCGGAUGUGACGAAAGACCGCAGCUAAUAUCUUUAUAUGACUAUCGAGCGGUCGUGCACAAAAAAUACUUUAUUAUUUUGCAUUCAUUUAUUAAUUAAUUAUUUAAAAAAAAAUUGCUAAAUAUUAUAUGAAAAAAAUUUUCGCAGCUGCGUUGCGAAUUAGUUAAACAAUUCUAAAAACUAUUAAUUAAGAGUUAUUUUUUCUUGUUCUGCUAAAGUUGUAUUUUUUCAUGUUUGUACAAAUUUAUUAUAAUUAUUUAUAAUAAAAAUCAAACUUACAGUUGAUAAAAAAAUUUAUCAAUUAAAUUUUUUUUCUUUAUUAUCGCGUUUAUGUUUUAAAUAUACAUACACUAUUAUUAUCAUUAACUUUUUUUUUGUUAAUCAAGUGCACUAUAGCUCGAUGUGCAUAUAAAGCUCUAGUGGGGCCAAUAAUUAAAAAAAAAAAAUAAUAAAUAAAUAUCUGCAUUAGCCAGUAAUGAGUUUGAUUCUCAGACAUGAAAAUGAUUAAAUGAAUGAACUAAAUGUAUAAAUAGAUCGAUUAAUCAAUCGUUACUAUAUCUCACUGCCAAAAAUAUCGCCGUACAUACAUUAGUUUAAAAAAAUAAUGAACGAACAUCAUUAUAGAGCACGACAAAAAAAAACAAUUUAGUAAAAAGAUCAUACUCGCCACGAUAAGCGCGUAAGUUUGACUGAUUGGCGUGCAUGCGCUGAUUAAGUAAUUAAAAACAAACAAUAUAAUUAAUAAAUAUAAAAAAAAUACAAAUGUGGUCAGCUGUUAUAGAUAUUUAAUUAUUAAGGAAUGUGAUUAUUUUUUUUACCAUGAUAUAAAAUAUAUAUUUUCCGGUAUUAUAUGAAAUGCUCGCUUUCAAGAAUGCACGGUCUUGAUAUCAGGUGCCUCAUGUAGUUUUAUUGCAUGUGAUUAUAAUUAUUGUAAGUUUAUUAACAUACGUAUCUCCUGCGGAUAUAAAUAUAAAUGUGAGGAAAUUAAUGAGGCAUAAGAUACCUCGACGGUAUUAUUAGCGUAAAGAGACUGAUGCUUUUCAUAUAGGUAAAAUAUAUAUUUAUAUAUAAAUAUAUACGAGUCCCUACAUUUAUUAUUACAAGUAUGUGUGAUAGCGAGUGUCCGCAAGUACACCCAGUGGGUGACGAUUUAUUCAGGUAGGAUCUCUCGUACUAUAUUAUAAAUAAAUCAGUAUGUAUGUCGAUAACGAGUGAUUGAAAUGUCGUGCCUGAUUACCCUAGGUCGGAGUUAAGGAUUUAAAAAAAAGUAAUUGAAUAAAUAAAUAAUUAACAAUAAUUGUUAAUGUUAUUUAUAUAAAAUAGUGUAUUAUGUACGCAUGUGAGAAUGGAUUUAUAAUGAAUGUGAUUGAUUUGUGAUAGUGAUGUGAUUUGUGUAAAUAUAAAUAUUGUAUGCAGAUCAAUGGGUAUAAAUAUUAUUUAUUCUCGUAAGGAUCUGGUUGAUUAAAUGUAAUGAGAGAUAAAAGUAAAAAUAAAAACGUGAUCCGGAUGAAACUCAUGGCAUUGAUAUGGAUAAUAAAAACAAGGCUGAUAAUGGUUUAAUAUUAAAUAUAUGAGCCAUAUAAAAAUAUAAUAUGAUAAUAAAUGAUUGAUGAUUUAUGAUAAAGGAUUUUAAAAUGUAAGAGUAUAUGAUAAUUAAGGGAACGGAAGUAAUAUACGAGAAAGAGAAUAUGCCGUUUAACAAAAGUGAGAUCAAGAGAUUGAAAAAUGUUAUAUUUUUGUAGAUUUGUUAUUGCAUAGUUAAUUAUAUGCAUUGUGACAAUGAUAAUUCUUUAUACGGCAAAUAACAAUUUAAUAAAAUGUCGUUAUAUAACAAAGUUAGGAGGUUGAAAAAUAAUUUUUAUUUUUUUGGAGAUUUAACGAUUAUGUGCGUUGGAAUUUUGAAUAUGUCAACUUGAGGGCAUUUUCAGACAGUGUCCCCCACUUUUUCAAAUUGUUCAUUGACUCAACUGUCAUAAUCACGAGUAUAAAUGUAGCAGGCAUCAGGCAAAUUUAAAAUUAUAAGUAAAUAGAGUAAAUAAUUUAAAAGAUAACAUUUUAAAAAAAUACACUGAUUAAUUUCAAAAUUGUUAAAUGCGCAGUUUUUUUUUAAUUUAAUUUAUUAAUUACUCUAGUUAUUGGUAGUUUUAAAUUUGUCUGAUGUCUGCUACACUUAUGAUUAUGACAGUUCGUCAUUGAAUUUAAAAAAAAAAAAUGGCGGAAAUUCUCUGAGAAUUUUCUUUAAGUUAUAAAUAAAACAAUAAUUGUUUAUUUAAUCUCGUUAUUAUCAGACGUAUUAAUAAACGCAUGUGUGCCUCCAAAAUAAUAAUUAAUUAAUCCGUUUUAAAAUCUUAAUAAAAUAAAUUACACAUGGAUUGUGCUUUUUGAGAAUGACUAAUUAAUUCAACUCUUAACAUAAUUAACCUUCUGUAAUUUGAUGAUAAACAUCAAAACCAAUAUUGACAUUUCUCUACAAAUUAUAUUAAUAUUUCAAAAAUAUGAUAAUUAUGAUUACAAAUGUCGAGUAUUAUAAGAACGGAUUUAAAAAAAAUUGUGACUAGAAUGUACAAUAUUCCGCGCUGUACGUUUCAUUUUAAAGCCGCGAAGAUAUUUAACAAAAACAAUAAAUAAACAUUGACAUGCAACACAAAAAAUAUUUGCCAUUUGUUAGUUAAUGACCAAUUACGUUGAUUAUAAUUAAAUGGUCUCAUGGCAUUUAGAAGUUACUCAAAAAUAUAACAAGACAAAAAGAGUUACAAUGAUGAUAAAAAAAAAAACGUUGAUACACUUGAUAAAUAUUAUUACUGCUGCUGAAUGUACAUGACACUUCAAUAGCAAAUAAAAAAUAAUGAAAUUGGUUCGACGCUAAGCAAAGUGACGAGCGAAUGGAAAAGUGAUGCAGAAGUAUGAUGGAAAAUUUGAUGAUACAAAACAUUAUACAAUAUUUAACUUAAUAAAAAAUAAAAUAAAAACGAAGCAGAACCUAAAUGCGUAAAAAACGGGUGUCAAUGCACUUGAUUUAUUUGUUAUAUUCGUAGCAUUUUGGGACCCACAACAAAAUAAAAACUUAUUCUGUAUUAAAUUAUACUGUACACGUUUAAAACAUAAUCUAUCGUAUAUUGUAAUUUAAAUAUCUGUAAACUCCAUUUGAAAAAAAAAAAUAAGAAAAAUAAAAAAAAAAGUAUAUAUAUAUAUUAUGCGCCGAGUUGAUAAAAAAAGUAAAUAAUUAAAAAAAUAAUAAAAAACAAUUAAAAAAAUAUAAAAAAAUAAAUGCAUAAAAAUAUCUAAAAUACGAUACUGAGAAAUAUGAAUUUUGAAAAUGCUUUUGAGCAGUAGUUUGUAUCGUAUGUCUCUUAUUAUUCACAAAAAUAUAUAAAAAACAAAAUAUUAACAAUUAACUUUUAUUAUUAUUAUAUUUUGUUUCGAUUGUUUAUCAUAUAAAAAUGAUAAGUUUGUUAAAUUUAUUUUAAUUGUAUUAUUAUUAAUUAUUGAUGUUUAAAAAAAUUCAAAUAAUACGUCGAGUAUUUGUCGUUUCACUUUAAAUUUUGUAAAUCGCACUGGGCGAUUUGAAAAAAAUAUUAAGGUUUUAAGUUUAAUUUUUAUUUUGUAUUAAUUACUCAUAAAUGUUAUUUUGAAUUAAUUAACAAUUAAUUAUAUAUAUUUUCUCUGAUUAUUUUAUUUUGUUGUAAUAAUUAAUGCUUAUUAAAAAUAUUUGUUGUAAGACAUAAUGUUAGAAAUUUCACAAGGUAUAACUGUAGCAAUUAUUCGAAUUGAUAACUAAAAAUAAAGAUUUGAACCACUAUAUUGAUGUAGAUGGAAGCGCACGUGGGUCCCAUAUAAUGUCCCCAUGAAAAAUAGUACGUAAAAUAACCAAAAAUCCAAAAAAAAAUAGUAAACGUAAAAGUAAAAAAAAAUAUUACUACUAAUGUGUUAAAUUUUACCCAUAUCGAAAAAAUAUGAAUUUGAUAAUUAACUGAUGUAAAAUCUGAUAAAUAUAUUUUGUGUUUUUACCUAAUUACUAUUUCUAUAUAUUUUUGUUUAAUUAAUUAUUUGAUUGAUAAUUUAAUUAAUUAACGUUUAUAAUUUACGACGAAUAAAAUCUGCGAUGGAACGAGUGUACUGUAAAAGAGUGUUAUGAAAAAUGCUUAUAUUAAUUAACAGGUUUUUUAAAAAUAUCAAUAAUUAAUAAAUUAAAUAUUUCAACGUUAAAUUUAAAUCGUGAAUGAGAAUCUGAAUAAUGAAAAAAAUUCUCAUGGCGAUUUUUGUAACACUUUGUCGGUUCUCCCCAAAAAAAUAUAUGUACACAUCAUGAUAAUAAAAUAAUAACAAUAAUUAUUACUGGUAAUUGGUUACACUAGCAUAAACAUUUUGUUUAUAAUUGGGAUUAAUCUUUUGAAUGAAUUUUGAGAAGGAACUAAAAUAAAAAUGUAAAAUUUAA